UUUUGAAUUGAGACGACCUAGUCAAUUGAGAAAAUAAAAUUCUAUUCACAAUGAGUUCUCCGGCAAAAGAUAAAGUAGAUACCAAAAUCGGCUGUGGCAGUGCACUAGGUGACAUGCGACCUGAAGAGUGGCGUCAGUACGUGCAGUUAAUGGUGGAGGCGCUACCAACUCCGAUUCAGAAUAGAGUUGUUGUUCUGAAGAACAUGCAAUUGGAGAAUAUCAAACUGGAGAAGGAGUUCUUCGAUGAGGUGUACGAUCUGGAGCACCGCUACCACAAGAAGUACGAAGAGCUAUUCGCCAAGCGAAGGGACAUAGUCGAGGGUAAGAUGGAGCCGCCCGGUGAGCAGAAGCCCAACUUCAAGGAUGUGAAACCAUUGGCCGGUCAUGCUGGAGUCGAAUUCCGUCGCAAAUUGAAGGAUUACAAAUGCGAAUUGACCGAUGCAAAGGGCAUUCCCGAUUUCUGGCUAACUGUGUUCCGCAACACACUAAUCAACGAAAUGAUUCAGCCGCAAGAUGAGCCAGCAUUGCGUCAUUUAAUCGAUGUGUCAGUUGCAUUUGACGUUGGGCACGCGUUCACUUUGGAGUUUCAUUUCGGCCCCAAUGAAUUCUUUACCAAUUCGAUCCUAAGGAAGAAGUACUUCUUGCGGUCAUCUAUUGACCAAAAUGAUCCGUUCGCCUUUAAAGGACCCGAGGUGAAAUUCUGCCAGGGCUGCACCAUUUACUGGGAGGACACAAUGGAUCUCACGGUCAUGACAUACAACGCAAAAGAAAAGGACAAGUUCGGCGUCAAACGCACCGUUGUCAAGAAGGAUUGGAUAGACUCCUUCUUCAACUUCUUCAAUCCACCCGAUUUAUCAGACUAUGAAAAUAACGAUGAGCAGUCAGCUGAGGCCGAACGGAUCCUUCAAGCCGACUACAAAAUUGGCCACUUCUUGCGGGUCAGGGUUAUUCCCAAGGCCGUUCUCUACUUCACUGGCGACAUUGUGGACUAUGUGGAGGGGGCAACCCCUGAAGAACCUCCAAAGGAUGUGGACCAGCCUGGCGAUAAGGUUUCAGUAGGCAAUCAGUGUGAUUCAGAAUAAUCUUUACUUUAAUUGCAAUUCAAAAUAUAUAUACAACAAAAACUAAACAAAAACCUGUAGAUACAAGCCACAUGGUAAAACACAAGAUCAUAAUAAAAACCGUUUUCAUUGCAAUGAUUAGCAUCGUAAAACAUA